GCAACAAAGGUGCUCUGAAAAGGUGGCCGUGACCAUGGAACUGGAACAAACACUGGAGAAACGUCAGCCUGAUGGGGAGGAGACUUCAGCUGAACAACGGUACCAACACCUCCCAGACACGAUGGGCUGCCAGGAGACCGAGUACCUGGACGAGCACGGGAAGUGUGUGCCGUGCAGGAGCUGCAUGCCUGGGCAGGAGCUCUCCAAGGACUGUGGCGAUGGCGCGGGGGGGGAUGCGCAGUGCGUUGCUUGCCCUCCCAGGAAGUUUAAGGACAGCUGGGGCCAUCAUGGCUGCAAGCCCUGCCUGUCCUGCGCCCUCAUCAACCGCAUCCAGAAGUCCAACUGCACGGCGACAGCCAACGCGGUGUGCGGGGAGUGCCUGCCAGGGUUUUACCGCAAGGCACGGCUCAGUGGGCAGCUGGACUGGGAGUGCAUCCCCUGUACCAAGCAGACACCCUCCUCCGAGCCCCAGUGUCGGUCCAGAACAAACCUGGUGAAAGUGGCAGUCCCCACCGUGCCGCCACAGGACACAGCCCUGCUUGCUCUGACCAGCAGUGCCCUGGUCAUCAUCGUGCUGGUGCUUCUGGCCCUCUCCAUCAUUUACUGCAAGCGGUUCUGGAAGAGCCAGUGCCAGCGAGUCUUCCUGCGGACGCAGAACUUCUCAGGCCAGCGUGCGAUGUUCCCCACCUCAGCAGUGCCCGGCAGGUUUCUAUGUGAGGAGCAGAUGUCUGGUCCCUGCUGCCUGGGCAUGAAGAACCUCAGCCCCUGCUACAGGCAGACAGAAGGCCCAGUAGAAGCGGUUCAGUUCAUUUCAGAGGGAGAAGCCAUCGGUCUCCAGCUGCCACCUGCCCAGCCUGAGCUGGAGCUGCCACCGGCCGUGGCGGGCAGCCCUGUGCCCAAGGGCCAGCUGGCCAGGAGCGGCCUGGAGAGCCAGCCGCUGAUGCGGGGCUGUGCUGAGCGCCGGGCCACCGCCAUGGCCACCUCCGACCUCAGGUCGGGCCCAGCAGAAGCCCUGGCCCCGCUCUCCUCCUGCGCCUCUGAGAUGCAGCACAAGUGGCCGCACACCCCGGUGGAGUGCACCGAACUCGACCUGCAGAAAUUCUCCUCCCAGAUGGAGUUUGUGGGCAGUGAGCGGUCGGAGCAGGCGGGGAGCCGGGCAGCCCCCAAGGAGAGCGGCAGCGCGGCACUGGAGGCCGGCAGCGGGCUCAGCAUGGGCCCAGUGAGGGAUGUGUCCACUGCCAUGCAGAGCCCUGCCAUGCAGAGCCCUGCUGCCGAGAGCAGGGAGCGGCAGGUGAAUGAUGCCCAGAGCCUUGUGACUCAGAUCAGCAGUACAAUGAAGGGUCUCCCUGUUGCAGAUCUGCCCCAUUCCUUGGUACAGUCACUCGCUUUCUUGUUAGACCCUUCCUUGAACGGCGUGAAGAACUUCAGCCACGUGGCUCUGGAGCUGGGAGUCAUGCCUCAGUUGCUGGGCCGGAUUUCUGGAUUUGAGCAGCUCGUCGCUCACCUCACCUACUCGGGAGACACCGUCACCAUCCCUCGGCUGGCCCAGGCUCUGCAGCGGCUGCAGCGCUUCGACGCCCUGCUUCUGCUGUGCGACCACUUUGCUCUCAGCCAGAUCCAGGGCCGCCAGUGCUAGAAGUCAGGGAAGGGACAGAGGAAACUGCAAGCACUGUGUGUACUGGUACGGGAGAGGAUCUGGUAGCCCUGUGGUCACGUCAUCUCUCUAAUGUGCAUGUGGGAAGUAUAUGGAGAUGGUCUUUGCAUUGUGGAAUAGAAGCAUGCAAGGAGGAGCAUCCUUCCUAGGUGAAGAGCAGAGGAGCUGGGGAGGUGACAGCACUGCAUUCUCACAGCUCUCACUCCUGGGGAGGUUGUGCUCAGCUCCUGCAAUUCUUUUUUCUUCAGCUGUACUUACUCCCAUGUCCAGCAGCAUAGCAAUGUCACAGAUGCUGUGCCUGUUGGUGGGUAGUAAGCCCAGUUCUUUGCAAGCUGUUGGCUUUGGGAUCAGUUCUGUGAGGUCCUUGGUCAUGGCAGAUUGCCUUCCCAGCUCCUUCCUCUGCCUGAGCAACAAGCCAUAGGGGUCUCUGGAGGCCUCGGGGUGUCUUCCACACCAACAGUGCUGAUGUUUGCUGGCUUCUCCUCAGUUGUGUACUGCUCACUGACAGGGCCAACAAUCACUUCUCUCCCAUUCCAGUUUUUCAGAACUUUUUCCUUUGGCCCCUACUUUGUUUUUCUGGAUUCCUGUUCCUACUUUGAGUUGAAUCUCUGUUCUCUGUAUUUUGCUCUCUGUGCACUGGAGAUGCAGAUCCUGGAGGAGGACCUGCAUGACCAUCACUGUGUGGCUGGGAGUCACGCAGUCAUUCUCAGUGGCACUGCAGCAUUUGGCGUGUUUAAAUUCAUUUCCUUUACUUGAAGAGGUACGGUUUUCUUAAAGGAGUACAGUUUUCUUAAAGUACCGGAAUACUUUGAUGUGGGUUUGUGUUGGAUGCAGCGCUGUGCUGCUCCCUGCCCAGGGCAGUGUGUUUGCUCCCCAGUCUGCUGGUGACCACCUGUGCUGUGCAGUGCAUCCACCUGCUGCCCACUCGGUGUGGCUCCCGCAUUGCUGUGCGGUGCAGUGGAGUGCCAGAGGCCAGGACCCUUCACUGCCUUCUGCAGCACCGCAAGGUGCAGCUGGUGCUCGGCUGCUGCCAGGCACGUUGGGCCGGCUGGAGGCCGAAGCUCGUGACCGGGACUGCAGUGUGGGGAGUGCUGGAGUGCCUGUGCAAAUCACAGCAGAGCAGGCUUGUUUUAAGUUGGUGGGGGUUUUUUGGUGUUUUGGUUUUUUUUUUCUGAGUUAAUUUUCUCAUUUCUGGAAGUAGCUGUUAGGGAGGGAACACCCUUCCACAUUUAAUUUGCUCCUGAUGGAUUUGUCAGGGCUUGCAGCCAUUUGCCUGUGUGAGACUCCCUUUGAGUUUAGGCGCAGUGCUAUGGGGCAGCUUGCAGGGCUGGUGGCUGCCCCCGUGCUCUGUGCUGCCUACAUCAGGGGCUUCCAGAGAGCCUUCCGACAAGUGGGGUUUGUGUCCCACAGCGGAGUGACUUUCAGCAGGACGCCGUGCCCUGCCUCAGGCAGCAGUGCCCACACAAGUCCGUCGCUCCAGGAUUUUUGUGGAGGGCAAAUCCCAGCACAGCAGGUGGGGAGCGGCCCUGCGGGGGAGGGCGGAAUGCAGGGCCUCGUCA